AUGACCAAGGACGAGGAGUUCAAGCUGGUCAAGAUCCAGAACCAUGUGCUGAAGGUGAACAUACACUGUGACGGGUGCAAGCACAAGGUCAAGAAGCUUCUUCAGAAGAUCGAAGGCGUGUACUCGGUGGCCAUUGAUGUGGACAACCACAAGGUGUCGGUGACAGGCGAUGUGGACUCGGAGACCUUGAUCAGGAAGCUCACCAGGGGCGGCAAGCAUGCGGAGCUGUGGUCACAGCAGAAGGGCGGCGGCAACCAGGGCCACAAGGGCAACAAUGGCCAGCAGAAGCAGCAGCAGCAGCAGCAGCAGCACCAGCAGAACCACCAGCAGCAUCAACAACAGCAGAAGCAAGGUGCCAAUCCGGGCAAGGAUGGGCACAACAAGAACAAUAACGGCGGCCAGAAGGAGCAGGGAAAGCAAGGAGGGGUUGGGAGCCUCAUGCAGGACCUCAAGGCAUUCAAGAACCAGCACAGCAACAAGCACCAGCUCCCUGAUCUCAGCUCGGAGGAUGAUGACACGUAUGAUGAUGAGGAUGAUGAGUUUGACGACGACUAUGAGGAGGAGCUUCGCUUCCUUGGGGACAAGAUGAGCCAGCUCGGGUUCCACAGCAACAACCACCACCAGAACCAGAACAAGAACGGGAACAAUGCUGCUGUCAACAAUAACCACAACAAUGGCAAUGGCAAGAAAGGUAAUGGUGGCGGAGCCAAUCAUCACCAGAACAACCACCACCAGAACCAGAAGAAUGUAAAUGUGAUCAACAUGGCAGCUGCAAAUGCCAAGAUGGGCGGUGGAGUCCAGAACCAGAAGAAUGUUAAUGCGAUCAACAUGGCAGCGGCGGCGAACGCCAAGAUGGCGGCUAAUGGUGCCCAGAGGAACACUGGUGCCAUGAGUGGCAUGUUGGGCCUGAGCCAUGGCUUGGGAGCCGGCAGUGCUGCUCCUGGCUUCCAAGGUUACACAGGCUUCAACCACCCGUCCUAUGCUGCUGCCGGCCAUGGAGGUCUUCAGCAACAACAUCUACAGCAGCAGCAGAGCAACAACCUCAUGGCGAGCAUGCAGGGGUACCAUCAUCACCCUGCAGCGACGGCCGCGAUGAUGAACAAUUUGAGGAGUCUGAACAGCAACAUGAUGAUGAUGCAUCAGCCCCAGCAGCAGCCGCAGAUGAUGUACCACUCCUCUCCCCAGAUCAGCCCUUACACUGGCUACUACAACCCUUACAAUUACUACUACCAUCCCCAUCCUGGCAGUGCUGGUUACCCAGCCAGCAAUGGGGAUGUGGAGACCAUGUUCAGUGAUGAGAACACCAAGGGCUGUGUUGUCAUGUAG